AUGUGGGGCUCCUACAGUUUGGCUCAGUGUCUUGCUUUCUUGCACUCUUGGAAGAAAACCAGUCUCUAUCGCAGAUAUCUUACCUCUUCUAAAAUCCUGCUCGAUUCGGAGUUCAACGCAAGAGUUUCCUAUUUCGGACUCAAAAACCUACCUUCUGAUGAUGAAAGUUCGUACGUCUCCUCCUAUUAUGCUGAACCAGCUAGGUUUCAUCACACACCUCCCGAAUUCAUAAUAUCAGGGAAGUUGGACAUGCCCGGCGAUGUGUACAGCUUCGGUGUUAUACUGCUAGAGAUGCUAACUGGUUUUGGAAAACGGCGCAUAAUCCUAGCAAAGCGAGCGAUACGGAACAACACUGAAAACAUUGCUGAGAUGAUUGAUCCGGAUUUAGAGAAUAGCUAUCCUCAUGAAGAGAGGAUGCGUAUGUGCGAGAUUAUAAAACAACGCCUUGAGGAAAUCCCGAAGAAUCGACCAUCCAUGCAACGGGUGCUAGAUAAUUUGACUGGUAUAGCUCGGAUCUGA